CGGGGCCGCAAAUUUUAGCCGUUUUGGGUAAAGAAAUUCUGUUAUUGAUCGUUUAUCCUCUUACUGAUCAUUUAAAUUAUGGCCGAUCGAGUACUAGCAGCUCUUCUGAAGUAGACGAAGAUAUAUCACCGAAUAAUGUAAAAUUUGAAACGGACGAAGCAAAGUUUUCGCUUCAGCCGUAUUUAUUCGAACCUACGAUUAAGAAAGGCUCCAGUUCCAGCAGCGACAGUGAAAGCCAAGCAGACGAAGAGG